AUGGCUCCUGAAGUCUACGGACACAUCGUCAAAGGCUACCAUGAUGUCUUCCCAUACGCUCAAUUUCAUUGGGUUCGUCAUCUGCUGGCAUGCCUCGAGCUUGAAAACAGCGCCGGAGCACAGCCACAGGUCAUGUCAAAAUUGAUCGACUUGCUCCUCCGAUUUUCUCAACACCUCUCACAGCAGGCUUCAUGCCAUGACACUUCACAAGAGAAUAAGCCCAUCUGCCUGCAGGGCGACGCUGAUGCAAUCACUAUACCGCUGUCGAGGCUUCCCACGGUAGUUCAACGAUACCUCCUUUUCGGCAGUGGUGUCAAAAACAAGGAUAUGCCCUCUACGACCGAUAAAUAUGAUCGAGAAAACACGGUUUCCGACCCAACAAUUCUCACUGAGGCUUUUUCCUGCUUUCAGAAUGAUUUCGAAAAUUUACUUAGAGGGUCAAACGAGCUGCAAUGUCAAGAAAUCGGUAUCACUCCAGCAGACUUAGAUAGUUUCAGGUUUCGACACAGUAAUGCGCCGUAUCUGUGCAGACACAGCAGAUGUGCUCGGACCACUUUCGGAUUUGACACAGUUAAUGAGCUGAAGCAACAUGAGAGCACUCAUAUGCCCAAGUUCCAUUGUAUGGAGACGAAUUGCGAAGAGCGCUUCACGACCCGGAGAGCUUUGCAAAUCCAUACGCGAAAGUGUCAUGCUGGGAUCGAGCAUAUUAUCUUGCCCCUAUUUCUUGCUUCAGAUGAGCCUGCAGGACCAAAACGUUUACCAGCUAUCACACAGGAAGUGGCAGGUUUGCUGAUACGUCCUGGGAGCGAGCCAUUCCCUUCUUUUGAGGGAAUGGCAUUUUCACAUCCUUCUGUGCAACAGAAUUCCAACAUUUCUAUUGGAGAAAGAGCCGCCCAGAUCAGCUCGCUGGCAGAGACUCUACGACUUGUCAGACCACCAGUUGAAUUCAGAAGAGCAGUCGAGGUUUCGCAGCAAUUUGAACGCAAGUGCUUUACUCAAAGUGGGAGUAGGGAAGACUACAUCCGAGAAUGCAGCGAAAAGCUCGGCCGAAUCCGCGACCAACGUGCUCAACAAAUGGGUCAGGGCAACCCAGAUGCCAUGCAGGCUAUGGGCAUGCAAGGCAUGCAAAUACCUAGCCAGAACUUCCCUCAGAUGCAACAGAUGGGUCAAAAUAUGAAUACCAACAUGAGUCUACGACGUCAGCAGCAACAACAACAACAACAACAACAACAACAACAACAAUGGCAGCAGCAGCAGCGGCAGCAGACAACUCCUCAACACAUAAUGAGCCUACCACAGAACGCCGAAGGGCAGGUUGCUAUGAUUCAAGGGAAUGAAAACCAGCAAAAGCAGAAUCAAUUCCCGGAGCUGAGUCCUGAAGACAACAAAGCAAUCAACCUUAGGGCUGCCGAACUGGCAAAGAACAUCUCCAAAGAGGAGAUGCGCAGCAUUGUAGCAAAGAUGGAUCCUCAGUUACGACAGAACCUGGCCCGUAAGGCCGUCGACCCCAUCAUCUACCAUUUCUGGAGGCUCGCCACGAAGGAAUUUCGCCAACGACGCAAAGAAAUGGAAGGUGGGCUGAGUGGUGCCGGGAAGGCUGGGAUUGAACCACGAUUGGGAGAGUAUAAAUUGGUAAUUAAUUCUAGCCGAGCCCUAAGGCGGUCCCCCUUUCCCCAACCAAAAAGGCAACCCGUGAAGUUCAGUUCGGGGCGUAUAUGA